GAGAGGAAACUAGGGCACUGUUAUCUGGCCCCAUUUUUUUCCAAGCCAAAGCAGAGAUCUGUGGACAGCGAGCAGCAGUGAGGAGGCUGUGAGUUUCCGUGUUGAGUUUUUUUUUUUCCAUUCGCAUCAAAGCAACGCGUAUAGAUCCUCAGAAUUAAAGUAGACUUUGCAAUUAAAAUAAUAACCUACAGCCGGGUUUCUCGCCAAGUGAGCUUGUCCCGCCACGAUGCUAGAAGAUAAGAAGACCAAGGUGAAGAUCACUUUCCUGGUCAUCCUGGUGGGCAUCUCGUCCAUGCUGGCUGCCGUGGUGACGGAUCACUGGGCAGUUCUAAGCCCCAGGGUGGAGAAGCUCAACACCACCUGCGAGGCGGCCCACUUUGGGCUCUGGAGGCUGUGCAAGAAGAGCAUCUUCAUUGUGGAGGAAGACCCUCAGGGCAAAAGCUGUGGCCCCAUCAGCCUGCCUGGAGUGAAGAACUGCUCCUACUUCAAACACUUCACAUCAGGGGAGGAGGCCGAAGUGUUCGAAGUCAAGACUCAAAAAGAGUACAACAUCUCAGCGGCUGCCAUAGCCAUCUUCAGUCUGGCCUUCAUGACCCUGGGGAGCCUGUGUCUCCUGGGAGCCUUUGGGAAGGGCAGAGACUACCUGCUAAGGCCUGCUGGCAUGUUCUUCGCUUUUGCAGGUCUCUGCAUAGUCAUUUCAGUGGAGGUCAUGAGGCAGUCCGUCAAGCGCAUGAUUGACAGCGAUGAAACCAUCUGGAUCGAGUACUACUAUUCAUGGUCGUUCGCCUGUGCCUGCGCAGCUUUCAUCCUCCUCUUCCUCAGCGGCAUCAGUCUGCUGAUCAUCUCCAUGCCUCACAUGCCACGGAACCCCUGGGAGACAUGCAUGGAUGCCGAGCCUGAGCCCAUGGACUAGCAGAGUGCCUAGUAAGAACGCACAACACAACUGACAGUGGAAUUCUGUAGUAACACAUGCAAGAAACAAGAUGAAAUAUGUGAGGAACACACCAUCUAGAUAUAGGGGGUCUGUAAUUGCCCACAGAAUAUUUAUAUCAUUGAUUUUGUAUGCUGUUUUUCUGUUCUCUAGAAGCAAAUCCAUGGACUGUAUAACAUACAAUGAGGUUCCAGUUUAUUAUGUACACCUGCCCUGAACCUACAGUCAUUGGCCAUUUUAUCAGAAACACCUAAUAUAUGCAGUACUGUGCAAACGUCAGAGACCACCCUUC